AAAUUUCAAGGCCGAAGUCGGGGAUAUAUUUCUGCGCUAGUCGUUUGAUUGUUUAUGUCAUUCAUUCGGAAGCUUUAUCCUUAGGGUUUUCUUUACUUGUCUUUAAAUUGUUUGUCAUUGUACUAACUUUCAUUUGUAAAUGCAAGUGGUUUUCAAGUCUACGUAUUGUCGUUGGUUCAAGUGUUAUAUAUCCUUGCUUCCAGAUUCCUUCGGAGACGUACUUUUGUUGAUAUUCUUAACGGCAACCUCCUACCAUUUUGUACACAAACCUUCAUAAGAAGAGGCUUUCAUUAUACUGAUGUUUUAUUCAGGUCGUCAUUUAGUGUCUUUUGACGGAAAAGAACGGUAAUGUUCGAGUCAUCUUUUUCAAUCGUUGAUAGGAUCUUAAACAUAGAUAUCGAGCUAGGUUGUUCUUCAGACCUAAAAAAGGAUCUAGAAAUAAGAUUGACAGAUGACGAUGACUAUUGUUUUCUUUAUUUCAUUAGGAUUACCGUUGAUGAGUUUACUGAAAUUAAACAGCAGCAAGGGUUGCUGAUUAAUUUCAACGAAUUUGAACAGAAAGUAGCAGAUCUCUUGUGCAUUUGUUCACAAGAGGAGGCUAUCGAAACUCCGAAAUAUGGACUUCGGUUUUCCAGAAACAUUGAGGAAAGAGAUUGCGGUUUAUUGCAAAUAGUUGAGGCCACCAAUUUCAAAUAUCUUCACCAUUUGAGUCUCAAUUUGUAUGCAGCUGAUGACGAAAAGCUUAAACUAUUUCUAGCAAGCCGUUUAAAAAAACAUAAAGCUGAAAGCGAUGCCAUUAUCAGGCAACUUAGCCAUUCUGUAUCUGAGUUGACGUCGUCUCUGAAAUCUGCAGAGGAGGGUACGAAGUUAAUAAAAGACGAGUUCCAAGCGUUCAAAGUAGCAUGUUCAGCUAAAGAACUUAGUCUUCGCUCCGAGAAUGAGUUUGCUAUCAGGGAAUUGCAAUCGAAACAUGAUGAGGUAAAAACGAAGUUAGAAGAAUCUCUUUCCAAAGAAAAAGAUUUAGCCAACCAAAUACAAGAGGAGCUUCAAAAGGACUUUAAAAGUCGUUUGGAUUUAGCAUUGAACAAUAACAAAAAUCUACGGGAUCAACAGUCUGUCCUUCAAACACGUGUAGAAACACUCCAGGAGAAACUAAAGUUUGCAGAAACUGAAAAUAUUUCUUUAACUGAAGAUAUCAAAAUUGUACGUUCUCAAUUGGAUACAACCAACCGGGCAUAUGAUCUACAAACGGAAAUGGCUAAUCAGUUACAAAGUAAAAUAUCUAUGUUAGAAGAAAAUAUGAUUACCAAAGGUAAACAAAUACUGGACUUAGAGAAUUCGUUAACUAAAGAACACGAACAAAAGUUGCAUUUACUUGAACAAUCAGAACAACAUUGUCGUAACAUACAAAAUUUGGAGAAACAUUUAGCUUCGACAACAGAGGAAAUAAAUAAAUCCAAUGAAAUCAUUAAACGCUUACAAAGUGAAGUCAAGAGUUUCCAAACAAAGGCUAAAUUACGUGGUCAAGUAGCAGCGGAACAGGAGCGCUUACUAGUUUCCAAAGACUCUGAAAUUCAGAGACUACAUACCGAACUAGAUAAAUUAAGAUCGGAAAUCACGAAUGUCAAAAAGCGCAACACUCAGAUUGUUGAAGAGCAUGAUCAAACCUUGCAAAGUUUAACAAAUGCUCAGAAAACAAUCAAGUCCAAUGAAAUAAUUAUCGCUUGGUUGAAUCGCCAGAUUGCCGAGAACGAUUCAGAUUAUGUACAAAAUCGCUUGAAGCUUUCAGCGUUCCCAGUAAUAAGUGUGUCUUCUGGAGUAGUUGGUCCUCCUCCUAUUAAUUCACUUACAGUUGUCUCUUCUGAAAGUGAGAAACCCUCAGCAUUCGAAACUACUCCUUCAUACAUCCCUUUAACGCAGAAUUCACAAGCUUCUCAUGUAGUCCCUUUAUUUGAUACACAUACAUCUGUCAUGGUGUCUUCAUCUUCAAAUAGCAACAUCUUGCAAACAGUUGACAAAAGACUCAUAGAAGCACCCAACAGUUCGAAAAAUAAUUUAUAUGUGAAAAUUAUUUCUUCUGCAAUGGAUAAUACGAAUCUCCCGCCUACAAUACUUACUACUCACCUGCCAAUAUCCACUUCGAGCUGUGUGAUCCCUAAAGAAAAUAGUGAGUUAUUCCGUGUUACAGAUACACUUAAUUAUCCCUAUUCGGGUUCUUGUAUCCCACCCGAAAUUCCUGACACAUUGACCACAGAAUUUGCCGAUCGCAAUGGCAAAUCACGAAAUAUUUUUGAUCAAAAGAUAUUAUCAACCAAGUGCAUAGAAACCGUCGAUUAUACUAAUGAUCAAAACUAUCACCAACAAUCACUGGCUUCUGCUUAUUUUCCCCAAGUAUCUCUUUGAUUUUCUGCUUGUUAUCGUUCGACCUUCAAGUAAAAUAAGAUAAAUAGUUUGUUUCACAUUUUUACAGCUGGCAAAUCUGCAGUUUACCAAUCAGUUCGGUUACACUUUUCUGUGUUUUUAUUUUCAACUUAUAGUCUGUAAAUUUUCUGUGAAACUAGUGACUAAAAAAGUUAUCUGUUUGCUUAGUUAUUUAUGAAUAAAGUUUUUCUAGAUGAAUGAA